AUGGCAGACGGCGAAGUAAAAACAACACCAAUCCCAACGCCCCCUGGGCUUCCUUUCGUUGGCAAUGCAUUUGCCAUCGAUAGGGGAUUCCCGCUCGGUUCAUUUCAGGGGUUUGCGGAAGAAUAUGGUGAAAUCUACCGGCUGAACCUGCCGACCGGCUCUACGUUAGUUGUGAGCUCCCAAGCGCUGGUGCAUGAGCUAUGCGACGACACGAGGUUCCGGAAGCCUGUUGCUGCUGCCCUCGCCGAGAUCCGUAACGGUGUGCACGAUGGCCUCUUCACAGCCCGAGAAGAAGAGACCAACUGGGGCGUUGCCCACAGGAUCCUCAUGCCCGCUUUUGGGCCAGCCUCCAUCCAGGGCAUGUUCGCCGAGAUGCAUGAAAUUGCGGCUCAGCUGUCACUCAAGUGGGCGCGGCAUGGGCCCGACACGCCCAUCAUGGUCACCGACGACUUUACACGGUUGACGCUCGACACACUGGCUCUCUGCACCAUGAACUUCCGCUUCAACUCGUACUACCACGAUGAACUGCACCCUUUUAUCAACGCCAUGGGAGACUUUCUGACCGAGUCGGGGGCCCGAGCCAUGCGUCCGGCCCUGACUUCGGUCCUUUACCCACAGGCGGCACAAAAGUACUGGGAGGACAUUGAUAUUCUACGAAAGACUGCGCAGGGCGUCCUCGACACACGCAGGAAGCAUGCCACAGGAAGAAAAGACCUUUUGUCUGCCAUGUUGGUUGGCGUGGACCCGAAGACGGGCCAGAAGCUCAGCGACUCGUCGAUUAUUGACAAUCUCAUCACCUUCCUGAUCGCGGGGCACGAGACAACAUCGGGGCUUCUGAGCUUUACCUUCUACCUCCUGAUCAAACACCGCGAAGCCUACCGUAAGGCCCAAGAGGAGGUGGACCGGGUCAUUGGCAAGGGCCCAAUCAAGGUCGAGCACAUUAAGCAACUCCCUUACAUUGCCGCUGUGCUUCGCGAGUCGUUGCGGCUUUGCCCCACAAUCCCCAUGAUCAGCCGCCAGGCGAAGGAGGACUGCAUUAUUGGCGGCAAAUACGCUAUCCAAAAAGACCAGCGGUUUGCCCUUCUAUUCGCUCAGUCCCAUCUGGAUUCGGCUGUCUACGGAGACUCGGCUAAGGAGUUCGUACCGGAACGCAUGCUCGAUGAGAGCUUCGAGCGGCUGACAAAAGAGUUCCCCGAUUGCUGGAAGCCAUUUGGCACUGGCAUGCGCGCUUGCAUCGGCCGUCCAUUCGCCUGGCAGGAAGCUGUCCUCGUCAUGGCUAUGCUCCUGCAAAACUUUGACUUCACCCUCGACGACCCCGCAUAUCAACUUCACUACAAGCAAACGCUAACAACGAAACCCAAGGACUUCUACAUGCGCGCCAGCCUUCGAGACGGUCUCACCGCAACCGAGCUCGAGCACCGCCUUGCAGGCGAUGGGGCGGCAAGUCCACGCUCGUCCAGCCCCUCCAAGAGGAAGACACAGACCAACUCCUCCUCUGGUCCCGCCCGGCCGAUGAGCAUCUUCUACGGUUCCAACACAGGCACAUGCGAAAGCCUAGCCCAGCGUCUUGCGACCGACGCAGCUUCUCACGGAUACGCCGCUACCUUGAUCGAUUCCAUGGACACAGCGACGGAUAAACUGCCCACAGACCGCCCCGCCGUGAUCAUCACAGCAUCGUUCGAAGGCCAGCCGCCUGACAACGCUGCAAAAUUCUAUGAUUGGCUUCAAGCCCUGAAGGCGGAUGAGCUCAAAAACGUUUCCUAUGCUGUCUUUGGAUGUGGACAUCACGACUGGACACAAACCUUCCACCGCGUGCCGAAGACCGUGGACAAAUCGAUGAAGGCCCGCGGUGCAUCGCCUAUUUGUGAGAUGGGGUUGACGGAUGUCGCCGAAGGUGACAUGUUCACAGAUUUUGAACAAUGGGAAGACGAUGUGUUUUGGCCGGGUCUCGAGGCUCGAUACGGCGCAGCCAGUGGGGCAACCGAGGGGGAGGAUGGACCGGCCUCGGGAAGUCUAGACGUUCAGUUCUCCAGCCCUCGAUCGUCCACUCUUCGGCAAGACGUCAAGGAAGCAACUGUGCUUAAGGAGAGGGUCCUGACCAACUCGAGGGCUUUCCCCAAGAAGCAUAUCGAGGUUCAACUCCCGGAAGGUGUGUCGUACAAGGUCGGAGACUACUUGGCGGUUCUCCCCAUCAACUCGAAGCAAACCAUCGACCGCGUCAUGCGGCAGUUUAAAAUAUCUUGGGACUCCCACAUCACCAUCGGCUCCGACCGAUGGACUGCCCUGCCUACCGGCACGCCCGUACCGGUCUACGAUGUGCUCGGUUCAUACGUUGAACUGUCACAGCCAGCCACGAAGAGAGGUAUCCUCAAACUCGCCGAUAUCGCCCAAGAUGAAGGCACGAAGCAAAAGCUUCGAGACUUGGCCGGGGAUUUGUACGCGAACGAGAUCAGUCAGAAGCGUGCUUCGAUCCUAGACCUGCUCGAUCAAUUCCCUUCUGUCUCGCUUCCCUUUGGCACAUUCUUGUCCCUCCUCCCACCAAUCCGCCCUCGACAAUACUCGAUCUCGUCUUCACCGCUCCACAGUCCUGACCGAGUCACCCUCACGUAUUCGCUCCUCGAUGCGCCGUCUCUCGCCAACCCUGACCGCAGAUACACUGGAGUCGCUACAUCGUACCUCUCAUCUCUUUCCCCCGGCGACAAGUUGCUUGUCUCCGUGCGGCCCACCCACACCGCGUUUCGUCUUCCGGAAGAAGCCGACAGGGAAGAAACGCCGAUUGUCUGCGUUGCUGCUGGGUCUGGGCUGGCGCCAUUCCGUGGUUUUGUUCAAGAACGGGCCGAACAACUAGCCAAGGGGGCCAAGCUGGCACCAGCUUUGUUCUUCUUUGGGUGCCGCGGUCCACAAAUGGACGACCUCUAUCGUGAAGAAUUCGAUAAAUGGCAGGAUCUGGGCGCCGUGGACGUACGGCGGGCUUUCAGCCGUGUCGCGCCGGAGGAAGCGGAAGGGCAAGGGUCCAAGUACGUCCAAGACCGGAUCUGGGCGGAACGGGAGGAAGUCAAGAAGCUUUGGGACAGUGGCGCCCGGGUAUACAUUGUCCUUGGCAGCGAAGUGACCGAUGAAGAAACCGCGCAGUGGUACGAGGGUGUUCGGAACGAUCGUUACGCCACAGAUGUUUUCGAUUAA